AUGCAAUCUAAUUCUGUGGUAGAAAAAAAUAUUUUUUAAAUAAAUGCUGAGAAGGGAAAUAUUUUCUUCCUUGGCCAUUAAAAGGAGCAAAAGUAGAUAGAAGCUCCUAAAUUUUUUGCCACAUUUGAGACUCCUUAGGUGAAAAGAUCAAACUCUUUCUUAGAAAAUAUGGAUACUGAAUACAAUAAAAGUUCAGUAAAAAGGGAGUUAAGUCCAAGUUUACUUAGCGAAGGUUUAGAAAUGGAAGAUCUCCAUUAUUAUAUUGAUUAGCGAUUUGAUACUACACCAAAGAUCGACUCAUAUGUGUGUGGAAAGAAAAGAAGACUUAAACAUCUAAAUAAUGAAGACUAACAAUCAUAUAAUAGCUAAAUAAAUAAUUUAAAAGAUUCAGAGUAAAAAAAUGAAGAAGUGUAAUUAUAAAAAUAAUUAAAAUUUAUUUAUUGA